AUGGAGGUUUUGGCGGACUUUUGUUUACAGGUGCGGCACCAGAAGUGUGACUCUUCGAUUCUCUUCAAAUUUUGGUCAUCUACUGUAAAAAGGUCAUAUAGAAAUCGCUGAAAGCUUUAGCACGUGAUUUGCAGACGCAUUCCGGAUGUUCGACAAUCUUUUCAAAGUGCAAAAAGGAGAAGAGUCGAGCGUAAAAAACGGUUUUCGGAUCAAAGUUCUAGAUAUGGCCGACUAGGGACUCGUGAGGGCAAAGGGGUUGUAUUUUCCCGGAGAGCCUUGUAUAGCGCGACCUAAAAACCGAGUGUUUUGUUGCACGAUGCUUUACUCUUAAUCUUGAACAUGUUUCUCAUAGAAAAGAUUAUUUCAACUACUUGCUAUGAACUUUAUAUUGCACAUACUAGCUUAAUGACCUUUUUUGUUUCGAUAACUAAACUACAAAGUCCUACAGACUUUCUGAACAGCUAUAUAGACCAAUCAGACUGUCAUGAAACCCUAUCCCUCCUCCCUUUUCUCCUGUAUCCCCUCAUUUCCUCAAAAUUUUUAAAAAAUUACAUCACCAUAUAUCAUAAACUACACAAUUACCUCAUGACAUGGCUCGCCGUUUCCGUAAUCGUCUCCCUCCGGACAUUACGGCGGAUCCAUAAAUAAUGUUCUCCGAGAUAAAAUUUUAAUUGGACCGGCCGCGUUCUGGGCCGCGGCUCCGUUUCCCCGCCGGCCCCACGAAUUAUGAAGCGCAUUGUUUUCUUGUUGUUAUUUUUGCCGCUUUCUUGGUUUCUGUGGGAUUAGGAGCCGGUGUGUGAUAUCGCUGGGAGACGUGGAAUUGCGUGUGACUUAUUGUUGGGGUUAUUUCGGUUUCGGGAGUUGGGGUAAGAGACUGGACUAAAUUUAGAGAUAAUCAGAGGAAAUUACAUCUAAAUUAAGGUAAAUCUCUGUCUUUUUGAAUAUUACUCGCGUCUUGGAGCUUGAGUAUAAUUUUCAGAGCUUGAAAUAGGAUAAAAAGCAGUUUUAUAUGCCAAAAAAUCAAGAAAAUCUUUAAAAAUAUCCAAUUUUCCUUAUUUAGUCAUCUCAGGGUAGUGUAAUAUAUUUUUCUCUAUUUUCCAACAGCUUUUGUGGUCAGACAGACAUUAUUUGGUAUUACAAAGAUUAUCGCCCAUAGUAGUCAUAAAAUAAAGAAUGAUAACUAUAGGAAGUGAUAUAAAACUACUGGUUUUACAAUAUUUUAGUCAUCUACAUAUAUGGGAUGUUUGAUCUUUAUUGGGGUCAGACAGGUAUUUCCGGGUAAAAUUUUGCAUUAUUAUUAAUACUGGUUCCCUAAGAUUUCAGUGUUCACUCUAAGAUAAAUUGGAAUCCUUUAUUUAGUCAUCAAAUUUUAAGCACCAACCUUAUUUUUAGCAGAUCUCGAUGAUUUUUUUUGUAUAGAAAACCUGGGUUUUGGGGUAUUUUACAAAAAUAUUUGGUGAUUUAUCACCGUAUUUUAUUUCAUUUCGUGUAAUAAUCUCUUACUUACCGCGCGAAACCAUUGAAAAUCGGCAUAAUGAUCUCCUAUUUCCCCAAUCUUCCAGGAUCUUCCCUCAAUCGCUCAAGUCGCUUCGACCAAUCACCGCCUUCGCCGCUCAACCCCUUCAAACAUUCUAAAAGCCUUUCAACUUCAUCCGCAAGUCCUAUUUUUAUAUCCCAACAACUUGACGGCAAUAUUCAUCCAUCUACCCAAAAAAGUUCUCCACCAAAAAAAAGCGGCCGAACCCCCUAAACUUCGGCCGAAUUUCCCCCAACAAAGAAGUUUAACCGACUAGUUGGGAUAUAAAACAGUUCUUUAUCGCAUUUUGGAAGAAAUCUUUGGCCAGAAAUUCGAAGAUUUUGAAAGUCGGUCAAGUUGGGAUUUCGACUGUUUAGCCUCGGGCGAAAUGGACCGAAGAAGAGGUUGUAAGCCAGUUUGGAAGAAGAGUUUGGAGUCGUAAAUGUGGUAAGUUCUGUUUUUACUGUUUUGCAAAGAUUUUUGUAAAAUACGGGUAAAGGAAAAUUUAUUUUAUAUUACUUUAGGUAACAGAUAGUACCUAUGUUUUCGGUAAAAAAUCUGACACUCUUAUCCUAGCAGUAGUCUCAAAAAAUACUUUAUAUGCCAUUUUAAUCCUCAAAAAAUACUAAAGACUUUAAAAAAUUCAAAUCUCCCGCCAUUUUUUCAAGAUCUUGGCAUUCUGUUUUAAAGGCCUAAAAUAGAUAAAAAUUACCUAAAAAGUUGUAAAAUACGAAUGUCCUAUAAAAAAUAUUCUAAAUUUUAAAAAAUUCAAAUUUCCCGCCAUUUUUUUCAAAAUCUUGGCAUUCUGUUUUAAAGGGCUAAAAUAAGGAAAAAUCACCAAAAAAAUUGUAAAAUACGAAAAUUAUAUUCUUUGUGCUAUGAAAUUUUUUUACGUCACCUUUCAUCGCUUGACAUUUUUAUAUUACACAUGGCAAGUCUAAUAUGAAAACCCGACAAAAUUUGUUUAGAAGUCACAUUUUUGACCUCACGGUGGUCGGAGUCUCCGCCAGACUCUGAAACGACCGUAAUUAGCAGCGAAUUCACGUAAAAACAAGAUUACCUCGCAUUCCACUAAUAUUUUCAUCGGAAUUUAUGGAAAUUAACGGGGGCAUUUACAACCUUUUUGGGUGUAAGCACGCAAGGUCGUUUUCGGAACGACCAAAAAAACGCUGCCACUCCACCAAUUUUAUUCAUUUCACUCCGCUUUCAAUGUAAUUACUGUGAAAUUUUCAGCGGAAAAUUGGGCCGACCCUCAUUCCCCGUCCAAUAGAACCCCCUCCCGGCUUACUGUAAUUUUCCCGCACGCCUCAGCCCGCCGCUCAUGGAUGGACUGGCAGAGGUGUGCCCAGUCGUCGACUUCCCGUCCACGACCACCCCUCCCACGGGUCCCCGACGCUCAGGACGCCCGCUUCGACCCGAAACCGCAUCGGAUUUGGAGUGGAAGCGCGUACAAAUGGAUCUUGUUCAUGUUGUUCUGCCUUUUGAUGGUCGAAGGCGCGGCCGGACGGUGAGUCGUGGAUUUUGGUGUUGGUUAAACAGGGUUUUCUCUUUAUUAAAGCCAUUUAGACCUUGUUUUAGUCAUUCUUUCCCACAUAAAUCUUCAUUUUUUUUCAUUUUUUUGUCAUCAAACGUCAUUAUUAUGUAUUUCCUCUGGUAAUAAGUGAUUUUUAGUUUCGAAAAAUGCCUAGACUCUAACUUAUUCACCAGUACUUUGCCCAGAAUACGCCCUAGAGAACUUUUUUGACCUCGACAUCCGCAAAAACCAAAAAACAUUUCCUUAAAUACCAAAAUUAGCUUUGUUACAAAUUCUUAAAGAGUAACCAAUUCACGUACUUCCUGGAAAGUCCCCAAAAAGCCUCUAAAGUGCACGAAACAUGAGAGAAAAUUAAAAAAUCGUAAAAUUCGAUCAAAUUUUUAAAAAAUUGACGAUUUCUCAAGGUUCUAUGGCAUUUUCCCUGAGGCUAGAUGAUAAAUUGGACCUCUGUUGGUCUAAUCUUUCUUUAUCAUCCGAUUUUUUCCCCUACUGAUAUUCUGUUCUCUUCAGAAAAGCCUUUUACCGUCGAAACUCCCGUCAUCUCCGCCGUCUCUCUCGUUUAUACGACUGGGAAGUGGAUGAUCAAGGCACGUUUCGGCCGGUUAUUGACGCCAAACGGGUGGAACGCUCGACACCAGCGCGAACCGAACACUGCUCCAACGAUUCCUUCAUUUUGGAGACCAUUCUUCACAAGUACAACCCGCACAAAAUCCCGGGCGGCAAAGUCAGCGUAACGGUGGAGGUUUGGGUCCAGGAGAUCACUACCAUCAGCGACAUCACUUCCGAUUUCCAGGUGGGAAAUUGGGGCUUUGAAAGUUACGCACAAAGCAAAAUUUUUGGGUUUUAAAAAUAUGUACUGUGAAGUCGCUAAAUGUCAUCAACCUGAUGGAAAUGAAAUAAAAAAACCUAAAUUUCAGCUAGACAUUUACAUCAGUGAGAUGUGGAACGACCCUUCGUUGGAUUACUCUUGGAUGGAGCCUUGUAAACAUAAUCUUUCGUUGAACAGUGUGCUCCUGGAGAAGUUAUGGACUCCAAAUUCGUGUUUUAUCAACUCAAAAACAGCGGACAUCCAUCGCAGUCCAUUUCCCAACAUUUUCCUGCUGAUUUACGCUAAUGGCUCAGGUAGGAAAUAAGACAUGCAAAUCUUUUUUUUUAUGCAAAUUUUAUGCAAAUUUCCAAUUGAUUUGAGAAAUAAAAGCUGUAUGUAGCCUGCCAAAGCUGCUAAACGCCUAUUACUUUCAAAAGGAAGACGUUAAAAUUCAAAAAUUCAAAUUUCCCGCCAACUUUCAAAACCUUUGGCAUUCUGCAACAAGCCGGUUUUUUGCUCAAACCUUGCCCCAGAGACUUCUAGAGUUGAGCUGGCUUGCAAUAUCGCCCUCUGUUCUUUUUACUGUAGCCUUUUUUUUGCUUUUUUCUGUCCCGUUUUCCACCAAAUCAUUUUUUUUCAAAAAGUCCCGGAAAUGAACGUCUAGGACGACAAUUAUACUCUCGUCGAACUCUAGACUAUAAUCCCACAUCAAAGCUAAACCCGUCUGCUGUAAUCGAAUCUCGGCUCCAUCGGGAUUUGAUUUAGGCGGACGAAAACACGGCGACAUCACUUUUAUCACGCUAUAACGGGAAAACGCCGGAACAAUCCAAUUUCCGCCUUCGGCGCGCAGAAGAGGUCAUGAGGGAAAUUUUUGAGGCCACUAGGACUAUAAGCGAAUUUGUGCAAAUAUAAGGCACAUCAGACGUCGUAGAGAACGUGGGAAAAGGAAAAUUCAACAUUUUUGCAAAAAAUUUUAAAAACUCGGUCGUCAUUGGAUGAUCAAAUUAAAUUGUGAUACAAGUUUAUCAUUGUGGCGUCAAAUGAUGACGUUUUUAAAUCUGAAAAAUCAGAGUUAAAAAUCUUCAAAUAAAAUGUGUCAUGAUGACAUAUUUUUGGCAAUAUGAAAAUUUCGGCACGUAAUAUUUUUACUUGGUCGUAAUUAAGCUUGAAAAGUCUAUUUUCGCCUCCGGCUCAAUCAACACUAUAGUUUCAAGAGAAGUCAUCAUGACGGAUUUUCUGGAAAUUUUCGGAGAUUUCAAAAAUCACUUGCAAGUUCAAUUCUUGUAUCAUGAAAAGUCUAAUAUGUCCUUCUAUGCGAAAUUAGAAACUAUUUACUAUGUUUUUAUACAACUAUUUUUACUUGCAGUCUGGACAAAUUACCGGUUGAAACUUCAAGGGCCAUGUGGAAUGGAUCUAACCCGUUUUCCCUUCGAUAAUGUCACCUGCACUUUGACUUUUGAGAGCUUCAAGUAAGGCCCCACUAUUUUUACAAAUAUUUUGUUAUCAGCAUUACAGUAAUCAUUGCUAUUAUUUCCAGUUACAACAUCGCUGAAGUGGAGAUGAAUUGGUCGCCGUUGGGAGUGGCGCCAAUGCGAGAGAAAAUGGAGCUGGCCGAUUACGAAUUGGACCGCAUCGACAACGUCCGACAUGAGGUCCCAUAUCCCGCGGGUCAAUGGCACGAGCUCACGAUGAUGUUUCAUUUCAAACGAAGGGCCGGAUGGUAUAUUCUACAAGCUUAUCUCCCCACCUACCUCACUAUUUUUAUCUGUAAGUCCUCGCGUUAUGUGCUACUGCGUAUUUUAAACAUUAAUUUGGUAGGGCCCGUCUAUGUGCUUCCAGUAGUCAGGGGCCAAAAAUCAAGCCCUAAAAAUUGCAGCUCGCCCGUAGCGGCAGGCCCACGCUUGCGGGCAACCACUUUGCGGGCACCUUGAAAAACCACGGAGAUUCUGCAGGCCUGUUUUGAAAUCAGCCAACAUUUGCUUACAGCUGGAAAUUCAAUCGAUCAACUUCGCAGCUAGAUGUUGCGGAUUAAGUUUCUAGGUGCAUAAGUGGCUUGAAUAGUUAGUUACCAUAGGCUUAUCCGGGUAGUUUUACCAUUUUUUGAAAACAAACUGCCAUAACUUUGAAAGCAGUGGAAAAAUUUAAUAGAUCUGUGUACUCAUCAAUAUUGGGGAGUCGCCAAUGUAAAAUUUCCAUCAUACUACGUAGAUUACGAAAGGGAAAUCGUAAUUUUAAUCAAAAAAUGUCAGCUGCCCGCAAAGUGGAUGCCCGCAAGUGUCGCUACGCAUAGCCGGGAUAUUCAAGGUCUUUUCAGACAAAAGACUAUGCAAAAUGAGGAGAGACGGUCAGAGAAAAAGGGAUGUUUCAGUUAAAAUCUGUCUUCUCUGACCACCUCUCCUCACUUUUUACAGUCUCUGGUUCGAAAAGAUCGCUGAAUAUCUCGACAGAGCUAAAAUCUUCAGGAUUUUCGAAAUGACCCACACAAAGUAUGCUGAUAAUGUCUUAUAAAUCCGACAGUCACACUAUGGCAGGUCCUCUUUUUUACAACAGAUUACUGCUAAACAACCGUUGUUAUCUCACACCUAUAACUUUCAAAUCCUCUUUUUUCAGCAUGGAUCUCUUUUGUACUGGGUACCAAUGCCAUUCCGGCUCGCACAAUGUUGGGUGUAAAUUCAUUGCUUGGUAAGUCAACCAACGAAACACCCCAUAGAUACUACCACAACGUCCUAUAACCUCACUUUUCAGCUAUGACCUUCCAAUUCGGAAAUAUCAUCCGAAAUUUGCCUCGCGUCAGUUACGUAAAAGCCAUCGACAUCUGGCUUCUCUCAUGCAUGACGUUCGUCUUCUGCUCACUCUUGGAGUUGGCGUGGGUCGGCUAUCUGAGUCGGCAGGACUCGGAUAAUCCGGCGGCGAUGGCGGUAAAACCCUCGAAUCAAUCGAUGGAUUCUGCGCCGGCAACGACGAUUCACAUAAAACCGAUCAAGUCGGCCUCACCUCUGCCGCCACAUCAUAUCGAACCACCGCAAUACACGGCCAGCGACAACAACAGUUGCGGAUUUUUGCAACGGUAAGAGUUUGAGGGGAUUUCUAAUUGUAAGAUAUACGCGGGAUUUUUAGCACGCGCCUUGCAUAAACGACUGAUUUUUCGCAAAAAUCUCCGGUACUUCUGCAAUGCACGACCUAAAAACUGAAAAAAAAACUCUUUAUAAAAAGUGCUUUCUACAGUCACGGACCCGAUCCAGUAGCAAAUAACGUACCAUUUUGCAUCCGGGAAGCAUCAAAAAUGUGGCAAAAUGCUUCCCUCUCCAAGUGAAAAAACUUCGUUUUGAAGGGUUUGCCUCACAAAAAAAGCGGGCGCGCUUUUAAAAUCAGAGUUUUCUCACUUGGAAAGGGAAGCAUUUUGCCACAUUUUUGAUACUUCCCGGAUGCAAAAUGGCACGUUUUUUGCCACUGGAUCAGGUCCGCCACUAUUAGUGACCGCGAACACCAUAACCUUAACUUUCAGCCGUCUAACCAGCCGCUCCAAGGAGAACGAAGAGGAGCAUCAAAAGCUUCUCAACAAUUCCAACGACUACGGCUACAUUCCUCCCGGUUAUGGUCUGAAUGGCAAUCUGAAGUCGGCAAUGUCCGCCAUAGCCGGCCCCUGCGCUUGUCAUAAUCCAGGCUCUCAGUUCCCGGCACCAACUCCCCUAGAGCAACGAGUCAUGAACGCGUACGGAGAGGGCCAGCGGAUCCAUCAAGACGGUCUCAUGAAUACCUCAAUGUACAGCGAGGACCCGGCGCUCCCGCCGCCAAUGAGUCCGCCAAGUGCGAAGCGACUGAGGAAGGCCACAUUGGCCCUGAAGAUCGACAAGUACUCGGCCAUGUUGUUCCCGGCCCUCUUCGCUUUGUUCAAUGUGUUCUACUGGUAUCAUUACCUUGUUGAGUGAGUAUUCGGCUAUUAUAUUGAUUUAAUUUUAUUACUAAUGAUUACUAACUGAUAGCAGUUUGUUUAAAAAGUAUUUGAAAGCACUUUCUGUUGACCUAUUGUUUUGUUUGCCAGGCUUGCAGUGGUUUAUAUUACACUUGGUAUUGAGGAGGGAAAUGAGGAUUGUUAUGAAAUUUUUGAAACUCUUGAUUAAUAUAAUGGCAUUCCAAGUGUCAUAAUAUAGUUGACACGGAUUUUAGUUCUUUUUGAACAAGCAAUUUGCCAAGUUUUCGUCAAGAAAAAUAGAUUUUUUUGGCGGAAUCAUCACUUUUCUGGCCAUAGAUCACGUUUCACUGCAAAAACUAUGCAAUAAAAUUAUUUAUUACUGCCUAAUAGACUUUUUGUAAUAUCUGUUUUUUCCCAACAGUCAUUUUGAAUACAUUAGGGAGGCCAAAAAUCACCUUAUUUUUGGAGUUUAACUGAUAUUUUUCCCACUUAAGAAAUUUAGUAUUCUGAAGGUGAAAUACGCUUGUUUCUAAGUUUUCUGUAUAGCAUUGGCUUUUUAAACCAAAUUAAACUACAACAGUCGUCAUUUCACCUCAAUACUCACCGAUAUCUCACAUAAUUCUAUAACACCUAUGCUUUCACAAACCGCAAAACCUAUCGCCAAUUGCUCUGUUUUUGCGUCCAUCGCGAGCUGAGAGCGCCACUAACAAACACUCGUCGUGAUAGUUCAACUAACCUCCAGAUUACAAGGAUAAUUUGCAACUUGGAUCUGAAAAACCUCAAAACUUUUUUUUGCCAAUUGCCAACUUUUCAGACCGUGCGCCGCCGCGGAGAACCCACUCAAGUCCUUCUUGAGGAUCUGCACCUACUGA